ACCACCAAGGACUGCCUCUUCCUGAAAUCCCCGGUUCAUAUAAAUACAGGAAGUAGAAGUAAGAGAGAAGCUAAACCCAGAUCUUCUUGGCAGUUUGCUCGUUUCGCUGCUUGUUAGUCCGCUGUCCCCCUGCUACUACUCAGGUUAAAACUGAUACUAAACAUCUUGCCCUCCCCUUGAAAUAUCAUUUUCCUAGGAAUAAAACUAAGGAUGUGGAAGCUUUGCCCUGGGAUGGAAAGGGAUUGCUGCCUUUACACAGGAGCUCUAAAGCCAUUCUGAAACAGCGAGUGCCUCAGUGUGUUGCAAUGAUGAAAACAUCGGCAGGCGACGAGGGAGUCAGGGACGAGUCAGGUCCUGUCACAGAUACUGGCGAAGAUAACGACGAGACACAGCUAGGGCCACCUGUCGCCCUGAGGAACUGUUUUCCCCUGCCAGGCAUCAGCAUACUUGAUAAGCUCAUCAAAACAUGCCCGAUUUGGCUUCAACUGAGCAUGAAUGAGGAGAGGGCCAGAGAGAUACUAAGCAAAGAAAUGGCUGGGAUAUUUUUAGUUAGGAAAGAUGGUAACAUGAACAAUAUGGUCCUGUCAUUCUGCUACCCAGCCCAGAAUGAAGCUCCUGAUAUGCUAGAGUACAACAUCAAGGAAGAAAAAUCAAUCCUGUACCUGGAGGGAUCUGUCCUAGUGUUUGAGGAUGUCUUCAAACUGGUAGCGUUCUACUGCGUCAGUAGGGAUUUGUUGCCCUUCACACUGAAGCUGCCACAAGCAAUAUUAGAGGCCAGUAGUUUCCAAGAUCUUGAAAUUAUUUCUAGCCUGGGGAUAGGCUUCUGGGACUCCUCUUUAAACCACAGAAGAAGGAGAGGGGGAAUUUCCCAGGCUCUGAAAGACUCUGCCUUCAGCACCGCCCAGACAGACAAUAUAAGAUCUAGCCAGCGUUUUGCAAGUGACACAAACCAAUGCUCAUGUGAAAUUGAGCUGUCAAUAGGAAAUGACAGGCUGUGGUUUGUGAAUCCUAUUUUUAUAGAAGAGUGCAGUAAUCCUUUUCCUCCAGAUGUACCUCCUCCCAAAAGCUGCAGUGUGAGUUCUGAGCUCUCUCGUGCCACCACCACCACACUGAGUCUCAAGAAGUCUCCUCGCCGUCCCCCACCGCCGCCUCCUCAUGGCCAGGUUCUGAAGUCAUCUAAAAAGCUAUCGAAGGAUUCCAUGACUGCCUGUGAAGACAACCAGCUGCUUCUUCAGCCUCCAGGGAAGAGCCCAACAGAAAUGAAAACAGAGGACAAUGAAAGUAAGGAAGAAGAAGGGAAAGAACCCUGCUCAUCCAGUGACCUCCCUCCAGCAGUCCCUAAGAAAUGUGAUCAGCCCUCCGUCCCUCCCAGGAGGCGAUUAUCUGAAAGACUUUCACAAGAACUCUGUGUAGAUAAGUCUGCAAAAUGCGAAACACCUCAAGGGGAACCAAUGGAAGAACAACAUGCUUCUGUUGUGAGCAGUGAUAACCGGUCUGUAUGCCUAACAGCCAUAGAAGAGCCUGAAGGUGUUACUGAAACACAGGGCGAGGAAGCAAAGCCUACAGAGAAAGAGUGCAUGCCCCAGCCACUGAGGAACUCCACAGCCAAAGGGAAGGUGCCCCCUAUCCCACCACCAAGAAAGAAGAGGCUUUCCCAGCAAGCCUCCAUCUCUAUCUCCUGUAACACAAAGUCAGUCAACAUUUCAGCACCAGAUACAAGCACUGCAGAGACUUCAUCCAAAGACUGCUUGCAGCCAGCAGGUGAUGUCACCUGCUCUGACGCUCAGGAUGCACUAGGGGCCCGCUGCAAAUCUUCUGGGUCGUUUGAACUUAAAGGUUCUCUUUCCUCCUUGGACUGUCCAGGCAGUGCAGCAGCUCAUACCUCUGCUUCUGAGCCUGAUUCUUACUCCACAAGCAGCACUGAGGAUGAUUUCGAGCAACUGAGUAGCCCCUCUGUUAAAAAGACACGGUCCGUGAUUCUGGACAAGGCCAAGCACAGGCUGUCCUUUGUGAGCCUAACAAAUGUCUUCACAGUCUUCCUCUCUGCAAACAGAAAGCUGCAGAAGAAGAUUGUGGAGCUAUCUCAGGACAAGGACUCUUACUUUGGCAAUUUGGUGCAGGACUACAGAGUGUACAGUCUGGAGAUGAUGGCAAAACAGAGCUCCAGCACAGAGAUGCUUCAGGAAAUCCGGCUGAUGAUGACACAGCUGAAAAGCUAUUUAGUGCAAAGUACAGAGCUGAAAGCUCUCCUCGAUCCUUCUGUUUAUUCAGAAGAACAGAUAGAAGUGAUUGUUGAGUCAGCUUUGUACAAAUGUGUCCUGAAACCUUUAAAAGAUGCCAUCGAUUCCUACCUAAGGGAAAUCCAUACCAAAGAUGGAGUUUUUCAGCUGCUGAAGGAGAACCAGCUUGUCAUACAGAGCACAACCACCACUGACCUAGGUAUCACCACCAGCGUGCCUGAAACAGCUGUUCUGGAAAAAAUAAUUCAUAAGUUUACAACUAUGCACAAGGCCUAUUCCCCAGAAAAGAAGAUUGCUAUCCUGCUGAAAUCCUGCAAACUCAUUUAUGACUCCAUGGCUCAGGGAAACCCAGGGAAGCCUUAUGGUGCAGAUGACUUCCUGCCAGUGCUAAUGUAUGUUCUGGCUCGCAGCAACCUCACUGAAGUGCUUCUGAAUGUGGAGUAUGUGAUGGAGCUCAUGGACCCGGCCCUGCAGCUGGGGGAAGGUUCCUAUUAUUUAACCACCACCUAUGGAGCCCUGGAGCACAUCAAAAACUAUGAUAAGAUAACGGUGACUCGGCAGCUCAGUGUGGAAGUGCAGGACUCCAUUCACCGCUGGGAGAGGCGAAGAACACUCAACAAGGCCCGGGCGUCCAGAUCAUCUGUGCAGGUCCAAGAAGCCUUACCUCAACCACCGGAUGUUCCCUGUCACAACCUCGAACCAGGGGAUUGGAUCUACGUAAAGGUCACCAAACGUGAACUCACGCCUCGCACUGCAAGAAGGUAUCACCUCCAUUGGACCCCGAAGCAGCUGUAUUCCAACCAAGGUUGGGAUCUUUCCCUGAGGCCAAGGACAAAGACCCUCAGGACCUCACUCAGGCAAGUGAGGAGCAUCAGUGUGCAAGUGCUAGUAACCUCUCCACUGCACCCAACACCUCAGCCCAGCCGGAUUCAUCAGUUGAAGAACGAAGAUAUCAUCUUCGGCCUCGAAGAAAGUGAAUGCUCCCAUUCGGAAGAUCACCACCUCGAUCAAGACCAAGAGCCGACAUUAUCAGUCCUUUAGGUAACUUGAGCCCAGAGGACGAAGAAAGACUUUGGCUGCCAUCCUGGGUUUGGCUGGUAGUGUUCUUUUUCUUACUGGUGCUGGUUAUGUUUGUUGUUAAGAUUCUUUGUCCCUCCUGUAUCUAAAAAUGGCACUGAUAUCCUUAUAUAUCACACUUGGGUAUCUCAGUAUCACCCAAGGGGGGUGGGAGAAAAAUUUGUAUUUGCAGAUCUCCCAUGCGGUGGCUCAAGCUGGAAAUAAAAGUGACUGCUGGAUAUGCUCUCACAGCCCAGCACACCUACACCAAGGAAUCCCAAUGAUCGGAGUACCAAUAUCCCUCCAGCAAUGGGGAACAAUAAACGGCGGCUUCGUUAGACGCUACUCGUUAGCUGCCCAUCGGUCUGCUCCUAAAGAAUGGAGGGCCGCCCCUGCUAACUGGAUAAUCUCCCCAAGAGUAGAGGCGCCUUUCUGUUACAGAUCCAACAACACCGGAGCUUAUAAUAAAGCCACACCUGUAGGACACUACCCUCAUUGCCUAACUACUCUAGAUUAUAGCCCUAGUAGCACCAGUGGAAUCCUGUUGGGUAACGUACCCUCUCUCAAUUGUACAGGAUUCAUGGUCUACAACUUUUCUAAGGAACCUCAUGUUGCUCUCAUUGCAAACAGAUCAGAAUUUUACAUUCACUCCAAUUUUACUUCUUGUAAUAUAUCUCGGUCCAGCAGAAUAACAGCUGAACGUGGACCGUCCUAUACGACGCAAAUCAAUCGAAAGUGCCGGAUAGGGCACAACAACUGUCGAGAUUUGAGUACCCUUUCUGCCCCAGGCCUUUACUGGCUCUGCGGAAACAGGGCUCAUAAAAUCUUGCCCUGGAAUUGGGUGGGGGCAUGCACUCUUGGACGUGUUAUCCCUGGUUUCGAAAUGCAUAGUGCAAUAUAUCUGGAACAAGUAAAAAAUUUCAACCAUCACAUGAAAAGGGCGGUUAACCCCUUAGCUACCAGAAACACAGGGUUCCAUCGAUUUGUGAGAACCUUCAUACCGUGGCUUGGAGUAAGAGAAUUGGAACUAGCCAUAAUUAACAUUUCAGCCACAAUGGAAGCUAUGGGAAAUGCCACUGCGGAUGCAAUUCAGGCUCUGCAAAAAGAGAUCUCCCAGAUCUCACAAGUAACUAUACAACACCGCAUAGCCCUAGAUUACCUAUUGGUAUCCCAGGGAGGAGUAUGUGCCUUAGUAAACUCCACCUGUUGUGUCUAUGUCAAUCAGAACAUGCGAAUCGAAACUGACAUUCGCAAAAUCCGAAAUCAGUUAAGGGUCCUACAUCAAGUGGCCUCAGAAAAUACUGACUGGGGUCUAGAAGAAAUGUGGUCUUGGCUAACCUCCUGGCUCCCAGAUUUCGGGGCCCUUAGCAAGAAAAUCCUGUAUGGAAUAUUGUUUGUCUUGAUAGUUCUGAUAAUGUUCUAUGUCUUAAUGCAACUGAUCCUCUGCUGCGUGAAAGCCAGCAGGGGAAGCUUUAGCAAGGCAAGAAAACCCACAGCAGAGUCUAGAAUAAUGGUGUUACAAAAGUGUGAGCAGAUUGAAAGAAAACAUGAAAGGCUGCAUGAUGAAAUAGAGGGGCUCAUGAGAAUGGAAAUUUAAGGCUAAAGUGAGACUAAAUAGUCUCAAAGGGGGGGGCUGUGGAAUCAGAAAAAAUAUAUGCCUUAAACUUUGAUUAUUUUAGUUAUAAGAUGACAUAACCGCUUUGUGUAGAAUUGCUGGCUCGGUACAGUAGAACAGAUAAGGGCAAGUGUUUGUUCUUUGUAACUCUUCUGCAAAUGCUUCGCUCACCGCGGCCUUGAAGGUAAAAAAAAAAAAAGUAUGUACAAAGUAGAUUUCCAGGUGCAAGAAGGAGGUUUGUGAACUAACCCUAUCUCCCCCAUAAUUCCCAUCCUGAUAACAGCAAAGAAAUAAUGAAGUAAUAUUAUAGCCGCUUUUCAUGCUAAUUUCACUAUAUGAUCACGUGAGUUGUAAGCGACUGUUAAAAAGUAUAUAAGCCUCCUGAUUUUGCUCUUGGGGGGGAGACCCCUUCCAAGUGCUUGGGAAAUCCAUGUCACUUUGGAACUCCCCCUACAGCUGUAGUUUCUUUUGAAUAAAAGCUUCUGCUGACCUAA